AUGGAGGAUGAGCAUGUUAGAAUUUGGAAGAUCUUGGAGACUGUACCCUGGAAUGUGCACACUUCAGAAAGGGGUCACAGGAAACACGACAAGGUGUCCGGCAGCGGUCCUUCCUUACGCCCACCCUUCCUGCCCCGGGGUCCGGGCUCCGAGCUCAGCGAGAGGCGGAGACUGCGGGGGUCGUCAGACACCCGGGUCGCCCAGCCCCCAGCCCCGGUGGGAUUGCGGCCCCGCCCCGCCGCCACCGCCACUGCCACCGCCACCCGGGCGCACGCGAGGUCGCGCGGACGCGGGUCAGGCGGUGACUGGAGCCGCCGCGCCGCGGGCCCGCUCCGCCCCCGGCCCGCCUUCCUCCCGCCCGCCCUCCGCCUCCGCCCGCGCCGCGCUAGCGUCCCGGUGUCGUCCCCAGCGCCCGGAGCCGCCGGCCGCCCGCCCGCGCCCGCGCCCGCGCCCGCGCCAGCCAGAAGUGACGAAGUUUACUGGAGUGAAAUGGAGGCCUCAGUAAUAUUACCCAUACUGAAGAAAAAGCUGGCCUUCCUUUCAGGAGGAAAGGACAGACGAAGUGGCCUCAUUCUGACAAUUCCAUUAUGCCUUGAACAGACAAAUAUGGAUGAGCUAAGUGUCACUUUGGAUUACCUACUCAGCAUUCCAAGUGAAAAGUGUAAGGCUAGAGGAUUUACCGUGAUUGUGGAUGGUAGAAAAUCGCAGUGGAAUGUGGUGAAAACAGUAGUCUUAAUGCUACAGAAUGUUGUUCCAGCUGAGGUGUCCCUUGUUUGUGUAGUGAAGCCAGAUGAAUUCUGGGAUAAGAAAGUAACACAUUUUUGUUUCUGGAAAGAAAAAGAUAGACUUGGCUUUGAGGUUAUUUUAGUGUCUGCCAAUAAAUUGACUCGUUACAUAGAACCAUGCCAGUUAACAGAAGAUUUUGGUGGCAGUCUCACCUAUGAUCACAUGGACUGGUUAAAUAAGAGACUGGUGUUUGAGAAGUUUACAAAGGAAUCUACAUCAUUAUUAGAUGAACUUGCUUUGAUUAACAAUGGAAGUGAUAAAGGAAAUCAGCAAGAGAAAGAAAGGUCUGUCGAUUUAAACUACCUUCCAUCGGUUGAUCCUGAAACAGUUCUUCAGACAGGGCAUGAAUUGUUAUCCGAAUUACAGCAGCGUCGCUUUAAUGGCUCUGAUGGAGGGGUCUCAUGGUCUCCUAUGGAUGAUGAACUCCUUGCACAGCCACAGGUUAUGAAAUUAUUAGACUCACUCCGAGAGCAAUAUACUCGCUACCAGGAAGUUUGUAGACAGCGUAGUAAGCGCACACAGUUAGAAGAGAUUCAGCAGAAGGUCAUGCAGGUAGGUGUCUGGUUUGAAUACAUCUAA